AUGGCUCACUGUAUGAGAGUUUUACAUGGCCAGGGUAGCAGGACAAAGGCGGUACUCCUGGAGAUACAGGAAAGAUGCUUCAGCCGGUCCCCGCUUGCCGCAGCAGCGGCCCAGGUCGCUAUGUCGAAAUUCGACAAGGAACCACUUCCAUACGCUAAGUUGACUGAGAAUUUAAAGAUAGUAAAGGAUAGGUUAGGUCGUGAAAUGACCUUGUCCGAAAAAGUCCUGUACUCUCACUUGGAUAAUCCUAAAGAACAGGACAUUGAACGCGGCACCAGCUAUCUUCGGCUGCGCCCUGACAGAGUAGCUAUGCAGGAUGCUACUGCCCAGAUGGCCAUGUUGCAGUUUAUCUCCUCAGGACUUCCCCGUGUUGCUGUGCCCUCUACCAUCCACUGUGAUCACUUGAUUGAAGCGCAGGUUGGCGGUGAAAAGGACUUGGCCAGAGCUAAGGACCUGAACAAAGAAGUAUACAAGUUCUUGGAAACAGCAGGCGCCAAAUAUGGCGUCGGUUUCUGGAAACCAGGCUCUGGUAUCAUCCAUCAAAUUAUUUUGGAAAACUACGCCUUUCCUGGUCUGCUUAUGAUCGGUACCGACUCCCACACUCCCAACGGUGGCGGUCUCGGUGGUCUCUGCAUCGGGGUUGGUGGUGCUGAUGCUGUCGACGUCAUGGCUAAUAUUCCUUGGGAAUUGAAAUGCCCAAAGGUUAUUGGUGUCAAACUAAGUGGUAAAAUGAAGGGAUGGACCAGUCCCAAGGACGUUAUCCUCAAGGUAGCCGGCAUCCUCACUGUGAAGGGAGGCACCGGAGCCAUCGUUGAAUACUACGGCCCAGGUGUUGACUCCAUCUCCUGUACUGGUAUGGCUACCAUCUGCAACAUGGGUGCUGAAAUUGGAGCUACCACCAGCGUGUUCCCCUACAAUGCAAGAAUGGAAGCUUACCUCAAAUCCACUCUCCGUCAAGAUAUUGCAGCCGCCGCCAAUGAGUACAAGAACCUGCUCACUCCAGACGAUGGAGCACCUUACGACAGGGUCAUCGAGAUAGACUUGUCCACCCUGGAGCCCCACGUCAACGGACCAUUCACACCUGAUCUUGCACACCCAAUCUCCAAACUGGGUGAAGCGGCGAAGUCCAACAACUGGCCAAUUGACAUCAAAGUCGGUCUCAUUGGAUCGUGCACCAACUCCUCGUAUGAAGACAUGGGACGCUGUGCCAGCAUCGUCAAAGAGGCGCUGGCGCACGGCGUGAAGUCCAAGAUCCCGUUCAACGUGACCCCCGGCUCCGAGCAGGUGCGCGCCACCAUCGAGCGCGACGGCAUCGCGCAGACGCUCCGCGACUUCGGAAGCACCGUGCUAGCGAAUGCGUGCGGUCCCUGCAUCGGUCAAUGGGAUCGCAAAGACGUUAAGAAGGGCGAGAAGAACACGAUUGUGACGUCAUACAACAGGAACUUCACCGGCCGUAACGACGCCAACCCCGCCACCCACUGCUUCGUCACCAGUCCCGAGCUUGUCACCGCUAUGGCACUUUCUGGUCGUCUGGACUUCAAUCCUCUCAAGGAUGAGUUGACCGGCAAGGACGGCAAAAAGUUCAAACUUUCUGAUCCAUACGGCGACGAACUACCCUCCAGGGGCUUCGACCCUGGCCAGGACACAUACCAGCACCCACCAGCUGACGGCAGCAGUAUAAGAGUUGAUGUGGCCCCGACCUCUGACCGUCUUCAGCUUCUUGAACCCUUCGAUAAAUGGGACGGUGAAGACCUGAAGGAUAUGACCAUCCUCAUCAAAGUCAAGGGCAAGUGCACCACGGACCACAUUUCUGCUGCUGGACCCUGGCUCAAGUACAGAGGACAUCUCGAUAACAUCUCUAACAAUAUGUUUAUCACCGCAACGAACGCAGAGAACGGCGAGCUGAACAAGGUGAAGAACCAGGUGACGGGCGAGUACGGGCCCGUGCCGGCCACGGCGCGCGCGUACAAGGCGGCGGGCGUGCGCUGGGUGGUGGUCGGCGACGAGAACUACGGCGAGGGCUCCUCGCGCGAGCACGCCGCGCUCGAGCCGCGCCACCUCGGCGGACGAGCCAUCAUCGUCAAGUCUUUCGCCAGAAUUCACGAAACGAACUUGAAGAAGCAAGGAAUGUUGCCACUGACUUUCGCCAACGCCAGUGACUACGACAAGGUUCAACCCAAUGACAAGAUCUCCCUCCUUGGACUUAGUAACUUGUCACCUGGUCAGCCCGUGGACUGUGAAUUGAAACACGCGGAUGGCAAGACAGAAAUCAUCAAACUGAACCACUCACUGAACGAGCAGCAGAUCACGUGGUUCCAAGCUGGCUCCGCGCUGAACAGGAUGAAGGAGAUCGCUGCUGGCAAAUGA